CAGUGCGGCCCGCGGACCUGCAGGCGGUGGCGAGCGCGCGGCUCGUCUCUGCCGCGGUCCGGUGAGGAGCUGCGCCUCGGCGUGCCCGGCUGCCGCCGCAGUGCAGUCGCCGCUUCUGGUCACGCGCGGGAUGCUGCUUCUGGCGUUGGGCGGCCCGUGGGCGGCCGGCCUGCGGCUCGGUGGGAAGAGGACGGCACCGUGGGCAGCCACUGCGCUCCGAGGCCCUAGGGCGGCCGUCUGGCGGGCGGCUUCCUGCAGAGGCUCCUCGGGGCGGGGCGGCGGCGGGGGCGCGGGGCUGUCGGCAGCCGCGACGCUUCUGCCGUGUCGGGUGCGAGCGCAGAUACCUGUUUGUUGGGAAAGAUGUGUUCGAUGUUUACAUACACAACUUGAAAAAUCAGAAGAUGGAAGGCUGAUUUAUACUGGGAAUCUGGCCCGAACAGUAUUUGGUGUGAAAUGUUUUUCUUACUCUACAAGUCUGAUCAGCCUUGCAUUUCUACCGUACAUUUUUGCACAAAAUAAUAUUAUAUUUGGAAGUCUGCCUUUGCAAAUCUUAUUUUAUGGCAUCAUAGGAAGCUUUACAGUGAUCACUCCAGCACUGCUUCACUUGCUUACAAAAGGCUACGUCAUUCGGUUGUACCAUGAGGCCACAACAGACACUUACAAAGCCAUUACUUACAACGUUGUGCUUUUGGAAACAAGUACAGUGUUCCACCAGAAUGACGUGAAGAUUCCAAAUAGCACACAUGUGUUUACCACCUUUUAUGCUAAAACAAAAUCACUGUUAGUUAAUCCAGCACUCUUUCCAAACCCUGAAGACUAUAACCAUCUAAUGGGUUAUGACAAGCCAUUCACUUUUGAUGUGGAAGAAGCCAGUGAAAAGAAACAGCUUAAAGAAGAGAAAUGAGUCUAUCGUUUUUAUGUUUGUGCUUAAAUGUGAUUUAUGUUCCAGUGUAUAAUAAUUGCUUUUACUUUUGAUUUUUGUUAGUGACUGAUUGUUAAAAACAUAAUUUGAAAUUGUAUCACAGAACUUUUAAUUUCCAGAGAAUUAU